AUGAGGAGACUUUUGCAGCUGGAUAUCUUCCAAUGGUUCGCCAUGCUCAUUGGCUUGACAUCCUACAGGCUGGUCGAUAAUAGAUUUAUUCAAACCCGAAUAGCCAGGACUUACGCGAUGAUCGUCAACGUCUUCACGGUGACAAUGCUGCCUUUGCCACUUUCACGUUUGGCUUACUCAGUUUCGUUGUGCUUCUGGCUGCCCCGAUUCAUGUGGAUUACUCCUUACGUUCUUUAUGCGGUAAACUAUGCUGUCAUCCUGGAGGACCAGCAACUGGAGGAGCUCAUUCCCACACGGGCACCGCUCACACCCGGAGCCCUGAAGGAGGUACAGCCCCUACUCACCAAGUUACUGCGCGAGGAAAAGCGCAAUGGAAAACAGAGGCUCAAACGUUCCCUCCUACUGCCCUUCUACCUGAAAUUCUUCACGGCGGCUUUCAUGUGCUUGACUAUUUGCGUAUUCCAAUUUCACUCUGGCGCCGAAUUGACUUGGAAGACAACAGCUCAAAUUAUAUUUCUGAGUAAUGUUCUCAACAUCCUGGAAGUUGUGCCCAUGGGCUACUUUUUGGCACUUUGGCACAUAGCCCGUGGCUUUGACUUUGUCAACCAACGGUUGGACGACAUCAUGGCAUCCACACCCAUUGAUUUGAAGGAACUAAGAAAUCUUUGGUCGCUUCAUGCUGCCAUGACCAGAACAGUGCUCAGGAUCAACAAGAUCUAUGGGGUCCAGAUGUUAGCAUUUCGCUUCGAUAACUUUAUUUUCGGCGUUAUCAAUGCCUACUGGGGAACGUUCUUUAGCUUCCACGCUGAUACGAAUGUUUUAUGGGUAGUGUUUGGCGCCGUCUCGUAUUGGAUCCGUUGCGUGGACUCGUAUUUGAUCGACCAUGUGAGCGACUUGGCCAUGCACUACCAGAGCUCACCAAAACAUGCCUGGACCGAGAAAUACUGGUCGAAAGAGAUCAACUCCUAUGUGACGUAUGUGAGCAGCUGCAAGCUACAGCUUCGGACUUGUGGUCUCUAUCAAGAGAAUCGAAGUCUAUGGUUCGAAACGAUUAGCAGCAUUUUGUAUUACUAUAUAAUGCUCCUACAGUUCCAUCUGGUUAUAAGAAAUUAA